AUGCAUGGGCCUUUUGGUACCUAUGCCCUUGGGGCGUUCUUUGGAGGACUGCUUUUUGUGGGAGCCGAAGCGCAAAUGAAGGUUAGCAGCUUUGAUGGUCCCGUAACCAAGGAAGAGCUGAAGUCAUUCAACGACUAUGUCGUUACCCUGAAGCCUGCUACCGACAACAAGGGGAAUCAAUGGGUGCAGGGCCAUAGCGGAGAGCAGACAAAGGCCAUGGGCCUUGUCUAUCAGAUGGCCGGACAACAAGAAACGCUAGACCAGAUGCUUCGUUUCUGCGAUGCGGUUUUGUCGGAGAGAAACGACCUAGCAAAGGCCCCAGUUGGCCAGCACAAGAUUUGGACGGGCGGAAUCGAUCCUGUCUGGCCGAACGAUGUUACCAUGAAACCAAUCCAAACUGGCGGGGGAGAAGGCGACCCUGUCGGACACCUAGCCAGCUGUGCUUAUCUUAUAUUCAAGACGGACAAGCUUCAUAGCCAGAAGGUAACCGAUGGCGAUCCUCAUAAGUAUGGCGCUACCUAUAUAGAUCGAGCCAAGACCUAUCUCAAGCAGGCGGAUUUCUCGAUGAGCAACCAUAUCUUAAAACGUUUACUAGAUCUUUCGAACGGUAACAAGAUGUACUUUGCCAAGGACUCGCCUUACAUGGGCGGAAAACCAGUCCCGUGGAAUCAACAGAUGAUGUUCAACUAUGCGUUCAUGAAUCUCUGCAGCGCACAUAGGAUCCUCAAUGACAACCCUGAAUUGUUUGGGAAGUAUAAGUCGAUCCUUACUGCCAGCAUAGAUUGGUUCUUCCAAGGAGGUGGUGUGCAAACCAAGAAGAGCAAGAAAGGUAGCACCGUCUACGACUGGGGCUAUACCGUACCGAGAACGACGGGAGAGGACUCGAAUCAUGGCGCACUUGAUGUUGCCGGAUUUUACCGUACUUAUAUCGACGGAAAUUAUGGCAUCACGGCCGACCAGAUGAAGCCAUUCGCCAACAUGUUUGUUGAUGUCAUGACUCUGGGAAAGGAGAAAUAUGCCGGGACUGUAGAUGGCAAAACCGAUGGUGACGGCCAUGCCAAACCCACUAAAAAUAUCCGCAGUGGUUAUCUAUUUUUGGCCGAAUUCCGGCCGGAUGCUUAUAAGAGCAUGAUGUCGACCGAUUUUUCGGUCGGUGGUAGAGGAACUGGAAGCGCUGAUGGAUUUUCCCGUUUCCUGUGGGUGAAGAAUCAGCGUGCCAAGGCGAAGUAA